AUGAUGCUGCUGCAUGACCUGAUCCACUAAUAUAGAGAAACUGAGGGAACUGAAAUCCUAUCAAGAACCUUUGAGACCAAUUAGGUACUAACUCCACUUCAAAUUCCCUCUCAUCCAACUGUCUCACAAGACAGAUAUAAAGAGUCCAGGGAAUGCCUUCACUGCUGCAAGCUUCCCUGGGGAGUCGAAAGGGAGCAUGGAGGAAUUGCACUACUUGUACUGCCAGAAGACAACAGGGCAAAGGAUAAGUCUCCCUGUACAUUUGUUAAAGGGCAUCAACCUCAUGGUUGUGGUUGCCAUAUAGACCCUUGGCCAAGAGGCCUUCCCACUGAGCAAUAUUAUGAUGUCACUUAGCUGAAAAAAAGUGAUGUGCAUAUGAAUGAUGAACUGCUUCAUAAACCAUCAGACAGUUUGACUAAAGCACUGUGCCUGCCAUUUCCCACCUCUCAUCCCUACCAGACACACAUCCUUAGGUACACCAUGUUCCCAAACUUCACAUCACCUGAGGAUUGAGACACCGGGAUCGAUGCAAGCAGUCAUCAGCCUUUCCAUCCCAAUAUCCCUACCAAGGCUUUUGAUGUGGUUGUUCUGAGGAAGACCAGAGGUAAUCCAUAUAAGCAUAAAGUUGUCAGUAUUCCCCCUGACUCCCAGAAGGUAGCUGUGCACUGUCUGGGACAGCACACAUACUUCCAAUCUGCUGAAAAAAAGGGUCAAAUAAACUAUCCAAAUCCACCAAAGAUAGUGGCCUCCAACUCCCCUUUUAAAGAGCUAGAACAUAACUUCUCACCAAGAAAAACCAAUAUGCUACAAAGGGCUCUGGGGAUCACAACAUGUAGUCGGGACUUCAUGAGAAGAGGUCCUGUGAAUCCCCUUACCCUGGAUAACUACUACAGGAAAGCAGUUGGCAGAUUAACUGGAGAACUAGGCAAAGAUGUGGAAAUAAAAGAAGCAUUUCUGCCCAGUAUUUUACAUGUGAGACCUCUUGAAGGGCGUACUGCUGUUGUAGCCAGCUACUCAGACACAAGGCUGAGUAAAAUAAAAACAGCAGCCAGCCUAGGUCAGCAGCAUAAGUGA